AUGGGCUGCGUCGCGUCCAAGAAGGCCGUCGUCUCUAUCACUCCGGCAGUCGACUCGUCCGGCGUGUUCCGUGACCGCGCGCUGGAGCCCGCUGCCGUCUCCGCCUCCUCCCUGCGCAGCUCGGCUGCUGCAGCCGCGGCGGCGAGGUUGGUGGAGAAGAAGGACGACGCGGAGGAGACGGGAAAGGCUGUCGUCGCCGUGGCGGCCGCGUCGCGGAGCUUCCGGCUGCGGAACCUCCGGAGGAGCCUUGAGGGGGAGCAGGUGGCCGCCGGGUGGCCGUCGUGGCUCAGCGCCGUUGCCGGGGAGGCCAUCCAAGGCUGGAUCCCUCUCAAAGCCGACUCCUUUGAGAAGCUUGAGAAGGUUGGGCAAGGCACAUACAGCAGUGUAUUUAGGGCGCGCGAUCUCGACACUGGAAAGAUUGUCGCACUGAAGAAGGUGCGAUUUGACAAUUUUGAGCCAGAGAGUGUUAGAUUCAUGGCAAGGGAGAUACAGAUGUUGAGAAGGCUUGAUCAUCCAAAUGUCAUGAAGCUGGAAGGCUUGAUUACUUCUAGGUUAUCAUGCAGCCUUUAUCUAGUGUUUGAAUACAUGGAGCACGAUCUUGCUGGUCUUUGUUCCUCCCCUGACAUCAAGUUCACUGAAGCACAGGUUAAGUGCUACAUGAACCAGUUACUGUCAGGACUUGAGCAUUGUCAUUCACGCCGCAUUGUUCACCGUGACAUCAAGGGUGCCAAUCUCCUUGUGAAUAACGAAGGAGUUCUAAAAAUAGCUGAUUUUGGUCUGGCUAAUUACUUCGACCCAAGUAAAAACCAUCCUCUGACCAGCCGGGUUGUUACACUGUGGUACCGACCGCCUGAACUAUUGCUAGGGUCAACUCACUAUGAUUCAGCUGUUGAUUUGUGGAGUGUUGGGUGUGUAUUUGCUGAGUUGUUACGUGGAAGACCUAUCUUACAGGGAAGAACCGAGGUAGAACAAUUGCAUAAGAUCUUUAAGUUAUGUGGCUCCCCUGCUGAUGACUAUUGGAAGAAGUCAAGGUUGCCUCAUGCAACAAUAUUUAAACCUCACUGUCCUUAUCUAAGUACCCUUCGAGAUGUUUUUAAAGAGGUGCCGGAACAUGCAUUCAGUUUACUAGAAACUCUUCUGUCGGUGGAGCCAUACAAGCGUGGUACUGCAUCAUGCGCCCUUACAUCCGAGUUUUUCAAGACAAAACCUUAUGCAUGCGAACCUAUAAGCUUGCCUCAGUAUGCACCCAACAAGGAGAUGGAUGCAAAGUUACGAGAAGAGUUACACAGAAGAAAGGCCGGUAGCAGAGGGCAUGGGCCAGAAACAUCAAAGAAGUCAUCAAGGCUAAACAGAGCAGCAAGAGAACAAAGUGCAGCCAACAGGCAAAUCGAAAACAGAGAGGAGUCCAAAACCAAACCAAAGGUAACCAAGGAUGGUGCAGUGCAGGUUCAUACAAAGGUUAAUGGUGAUGCUAGGCUAUUCACAGACACACAACUGGUUCCCGCGGCCCAAGUUAAAGAAAGGGGUCGUCAUGCUAAGAAUGAUUCACGGGAGGAAAUCCCUUUCUCUGGGCCCUUGAUUGUUUCGUCAUCCAGUGGCUUUGCAUGGGCCAAAAAACCGGAAGGUCGUUCUUUUACCAGAUCACGGAACAGAUCUAGUUCAAGAGGCGAAUUCACUGACGUAGAUUGGGACAACAAGCCACAAGCUAAAGAGAACAUUGGAUUGGAGGAACAACAUAGCAGAGAUGUGCAUGUAGCAUGUGUCAACUCCAAGGUCCGAGAGCCUCAGGAGGUAGCAAAGCGUGCAGUUCUGAAGAAGUGGUCACAGUUAGAGCGUCCAGAUUCAUUUGAUUCUCGCGACACUUACCACUCUCAGAAUUUUUCAAAUGCAAUAUAUCUUGGGGAUGCUCUCUCAUCGAAAAAUAGCAUGAAGGACGACCACUAUCAAGGAGGAGAAAGGGCUGAAUAUUCAGGCCCUUUAUUGUCCCAAACCCACAAGGUUGAUGAACUGUUAGAGAAACAUGAGCGUCACAUUCGGCAAGUGGUCAGAAAAUCGUGGUUCAGGAGAGGUAAUGUGGUUUCAUAA